UUCACCGAUGUAUAGUCCCUCCGUUAGUUUCCCACCAUUGAGCAUAUUGUUUUUGUUGCUCGAACCACAUUCAUUUUUGGUUUCACGCUCUGAAACUACUCUCAGGGACAGAGCAAGACCACAAAGAUGAAGGAGGCAAUAGUUCUCUACCCAAGUGCUGCGAGAGGCCACCUUGUUUCGAUGGUGGAGCUUGCCAAGUUCAUACUCUCUCACUAUAAUCUUCAUCCUCCUCUUACCAUUCACAUCAUCACUAUUUCCCCUCCGUACGACGCCGUUUCCAUCUCCAACUACAUCGCCUCCGUCUCUUCCUCCAUUGAUCCUUCCAUUAUCUUCCACAGUCUCCCUCCUGUUUCUCUUCCUCCUUCCUUACUCUCCUCUACCCCUAAUCAUGAAACCCUGAUGUUCGAGGUUCUUCGCCUCAACAAUCCUAAUCUCCAUAAUGCUUUAAUUUCCAUCUCUGAAACAUACGCUAUUCGUGCCUUCAUUGCAGACUUCUUCUGCUUUGAAGCUCUUUCUCUUUCUUUAAAACUUCACAUCCCUGCUUACGGGUUUUUCACCAGCCCCGCCGGCUGCCUCGCCUUCUUCCUCUACUUUCCGACCCUCCAUCGGACCACCGACAAGAGCUUCAAAGAUCUCAAUACCAUUCUCAACAUCCCCGGCAUCCCACCGUUACACAGCGGGGACAUGAUUAAACCUUUGCUUGAACGUAAUGAUCCAGCAUAUCGUGGCUUCCUGAGAGUUGCUGAUAUUAUGCCGAAAACAGUUGGCAUCAUAGUGAACACAUUCGAAGCUCUGGAACAUGAGUGCCUCAGAGCAAUUUCCGAUGGGCUUUGCGUGCCGGACAGUCCAAUGCCUCCCAUUUACCCCGUGGGUCCUUUGAUUGCAUAUGAUAAAGAAAAAGCCAUUGGACAUGAGUGUUUCCAGUGGCUGGAUUCGCAAUCAGAGGGAAGCGUCGUGUUUCUCUGUUUUGGGAGUUUGGGUGUGUUUUCCAAAGAGCAAUUACGUGAAAUAGCUUGGGGAUUAGAGAGGAGUGGGCAAAGAUUCUUGUGGGUAGUGCGGAAUCCACCGUCGGAGAAGACCCAUAACCUCGCUGCGUCGUCACAGGAAGACCCAGAUCUGGAUUCGCUGUUGCCGGAGGGGCUCUUGGAUCGUACAAGAGAAAGAGGGAUGGUGGUGAAGAAAUGGGCCCCACAGGCGGCGGUGCUGAAGCAUCGGUCAGUGGGUGGGUUCGUGACCCACUGCGGGUGGAACUCAGUGCUGGAGGCGGUGGUCGCCGGUGUGCCGAUGGUGGCUUGGCCGCUCUAUGCAGAGCAGAGGCUUAAUAGGGUGGUGAUGGUGGAGGAGAUGAAGAUUGCGCUGUGGAUGCGGGAGUCGUCGUCGUCGUCGGAGGCUGGAUUUGUUGAGGCGGCGGAGGUGGAAGAGCGAAUCACUGAGUUGAUGGAAUCGGAGAAAGGUGAGUUGGUGAGGAAGCGAGUUGGGAUUGCGAAGGAAGAAGCGGAGGCCGCUAUGCGGGACGCAGGAUCCUCACGUGUUGCAUUGGGUAAAUUCUUUGAAUCAUGGGAGAAUUAGAAAUAAGUUUUUUGUUUUUGUCCUUUUUUUUUUUUUUUAACCUGAGGAUUGAGGGUGCACUAGGAAGCCGUGUUACUUAGAAGAAAUCGUAAUAGUAGAGGAAAUAAUGAAAUAAUGAAUUAAAGGAAUUUUGAUUUCCAUC